GCCCCCGGCGGCUCUAAAUGCCGGCGGGCUGAGGGCAGCGCACGGAGCCGCGGCCAUGGAGCACCAGAGCACCUCUGAGUUCCUGCCGUCCUUCCCUCACUUCGCCACCAUCGCCAUCCACUUCGCCCAGGAGCCAGAGCAGUGGAACUCCCGGGCCGUGGUGCCGCCCAUCACGCUCUCCACCAGCUUCAAGCAGGAAGAAUUCGGGAAGAACGAACAGGAGGAAUGCUGGAAGAAGCCGAAUUUGCAUCAAAGCUGUGGUUUGCCAGAGGAAAGUUUGGGCUUUCAAGAACUGAUGGGGAGGAGUUGUCCAGUGCCCUGUAGCAACUUCUCAAACAAGAAGUAUGUGUACACCCGGUUUGGCAACCCGAACCGACACAUCCUGCAGGAGGUCGUGGGCACCCUCGAUGGAGUCCAGUGCCGAGGGCAGAGUGACGAUUGGGCAAGCCUGGCUGCUGCUGAUGGAGCCAAAUACUGCUUGGCUUAUUCCUCUGGCAUGGGAGCAAUUCUGAACAUCUGUCACCUCCUCAAGUCAGGGGACAAAAUUGUCUGCACAGUUUAUGUCUAUGCAGGCACAAAACAAUUAUUCGAUAGACUACAUGACCAUUAUAAUGUGGGAUUGGAAUAUGUUGACUGCACAAACCCAGAAAACCUGGAAGCUGCAAUUACACCAGAGACCAAGCUGGUUUGGCUGGAGACCCCCACGAACCCCACGCUGAAGGUGAUCGACAUCCGAGCCUGCGCGGACGUGGUGCACAGGCACCCGGGGGUGCUGGUGGCAGUGGACAACAGCUUCAUGUCUCCAUACUUCCAGCGUCCUUUGUCCCUGGGGGCUGAUAUUUGUAUGACUUCUGCUACCAAAUACAUCAAUGGGCACAGCGAUGUUCUCAUGGGCUUGGUCUCUGUAAAUAAUGAAGAACUCUACAAGGAGCUCAAAUUCCUGCAGUCCCACCUGGGAGCUGUCCCCUCCCCGUUUGACUGUUACAUGUGCAACCGGGGGCUCAAGACUCUGCACAUCCGGAUGAAGCUGCACUUCCAUAACGGCCUGGCUGUGGCCAAGUUCCUGAAAUCCCAUCCCCGGGUGGAGAAGGUCAUUUACCCAGGGCUGCAUUCCCACCCUCAGUAUGAGGUGACAAAGAAGCAGAACACAGGCGUUUCAGGGAUGAUGAGCUUCUACAUCAAAGGGAACAUCGAUAAUGCCUUUGCCUUCCUCAAGAGUCUGAAGGUGUUCUCCGUGGGUUUGAGUCUGGGUGGCUACGAGAGCCUGGCGGAGCAUCCGGCCACCAUGAGCCACGCCUCAGUGCCUGAGGGGGAAAGGAAAGCUCUGGGAAUCACUGACACCUUGAUCCGCCUCUCGGUGGGGCUGGAGGAUGACGAGGAUUUGCGGGUAGACCUGGACCAGGCCCUGGAGGCUGCGUUUGCAUAAACCUUGAGGCUCAGAAAGGAACUCGGAACUGGACGUGGCUGCGGACGAGGACACGGAAAACCAAACCCCCCUGGCUCUGCCUCUGGGAAUUCCAGCCCGGGCUCCUGGCGCUGUCCCGGGCUGCUGCUGCUGCUCUCCCUGGCUGUGCAGGGUGUGCUGGGCACAGCCUGGGCUCUCCCUGGCACCGCCGGGAGCCAGGAGCUGCGUGGGAGCAGCCGUGGGCACCUGGGAAUGGGAUCCCAGUUCUCCCAGCAGAGCUCAGUGCUGCUGCUGCUGCAGGGUUUGGGGCACAAGGGCUGCUCCCUCUUACUGCUCUCAGCUCUUUCUCUUCUCACACAUCAGCUCAGCUCAAAAUCUCGAUUGAGCUCAGCUUUCUUUUAGUUAGGCUGGAAUUUUGCUUAAGCGCUCUUUCUUCUCUUGAUUCUUUAUUGAAAAUGAAGUGAAAUCCAACACCUGGUAAAUCAAACUUUCUAAAGAGGAAUCUCUGUCUCUUUCAAGAAAAAAAAAUCUUGGGCUUUGGGAAUGAUUGGAAUGAUUUUAAUUAAAACAUGCUUUUCCUUUCCUUGCUUAUAUUCCCAUGUGCAUCUGCUCCUUGUGUUCAAAAUCACGGGAUGGAGUGACCCCGGAGCUGUUGGAAUUUUCCUGUGGGAAGGCAGAGAGGGAAAUGGAGCUGAGGGGAGAGGGAAAUGGAGCUGAGGGGAGAGGGAAAUGGAGCUGAGGACAAUUCUGUACUGGCCA